CGGCUGCGGGGCUCGCCUGGGCCGUGUCGGCCGCCGGCUGCGAGCGGGCCGGGCAGGGGCGCCGCGCGGGAGCCCUGCGGCGCUGCGGUUCCCCGGGGAACGCGCUCUGUUCCCCUGCGCGGCCGCUGCCGUCGCGGCCUGUCAGCAGGUCAAAACCCCGGCGCGCUGCGUCCCGUUAGCGCCGUGGGCUGCGUCGCUGAAGCAACUGAAGUUACGCUAAUAGAGCAAUGAGCCAGCGCGUUUACAGAAGACUUACACAAAUAAAUAAAACCACAAGGGAAAAAUGACAUUAAGGAAAGUGAACAUUUCCAUCCUCAUAGUGGCUGUUGUUAUAUUUUUGUUAGUUCUUCAUCAUAACCUCCUAGGCCUCAGUGAUUUCUUGAAACGGGAAUUGUCAGAUUCAAGUCCGUUAGGACUUCAGCCUAUAGAUUUCAUACCUGCGAUUCCCCAAAGGUUGACAGAUGAAAGGAAUGAUAAGGAGAUUUCUGUGGUCAUUGCAGCAUCAGAUGAGAGGCUUGGGGGUGCAAUUGCAGCCAUGAACAGUAUUUAUCAGAACACCAGAUCCAACGUGGUUUUCCAUAUUGUCACUUUGAAUGAUACUGUGGAUCACUUGAGGCUGUGGCUAAGUAACACUGCUCUGAAAAAUUUGAAAUACCGAAUUCUGGAUUUUGACCCACGUGUCUUAGAAGGGAAAGUACAAGUGGAUCCUGAAAAGGCAGACACCUUGAAACCAUUAACCUUUGCAAGAUUCUACUUACCCAAUUUGGUGCCUCAUGCAGAGAAGGCCAUCUACGUGGAUGAUGAUAUAAUAGUGCAAGAUGAUAUUCUUCAACUUUACAACACCCCAUUGAAACCUGGACAUGCAGCUGCAUUUUCAGAUGAUUGUGACUCGACCACUAAUAAAUUUGCUGUUCAUGGAGCAGGGAAUCAGUAUAAUUACAUUGGAUUUCUAGAUUACAAAAAAGAAACCAUCCGAAACCUUGCCAUGAAAGCCAGCACCUGCUCCUUCAAUCCAGGAGUUUUUGUUGCCAAUUUGACGGAAUGGAAAUUACAGAACAUCACUAAGCAAUUGGAGAAGUGGAUGGCACUUAAUGUAGCAGAGGAACUGUACAGUAGGACUCUGGUUGGCAGCAUCACUACACCUCCACUGCUCAUUGUAUUUUACAAGCAACAUUCCAAUAUUGAUCCGAUGUGGAAUGUCCGACAUCUUGGAUCUAGUGCUGGAAAAAGAUACUCUCCUCAGUUUGUGAAAGCUGCCAAGCUGCUCCAUUGGAAUGGACAUUUCAAACCAUGGGGAAGAACGGCCUCAUAUGCUGAGGUCUGGGAGAAGUGGUAUAUUCCUGACCCUACGGGCAAGUUUAGCCUGCUUCGCAGACACUCAAAAGCCUAUGAAGCAAAGUAGAAGAAAUUUUAUUAACUGAUGUGAUGGCAUUUCUCAGGAAACUUCUGGACUCAAGCAGAAAUUUUUUAGCUGAUGUGUAUUACAAAGCAGUCCCUGCCUUCUAGAGCACAUGGGGAUGCACGUAGGCAGGUGCAGUGCUCGUGACCCAAAAUAUGCAGUCCCAAAGGAGACUCACUUCGCUUGUGUGACUGAAGAUGCUACUCCAGCAGCACUUUGGAAAGCAAAGAAACAUCUCCAUAAACUAGCACUUUUGUUAGUUCAUUUCUGUUUGUUGUACAUUCUUCUGUUCUUUACUACAAAUCUUCUAGGAUGGAUUGUCUCAUCAGCUACAGAAAUAAACAGUUCCUAAGAACAAGAGACAACUUUAGCUGGUUGCUUGCACCAUGCAAGUCUUGCACAGUAAGGUACUGUAAUUAAGAGCUGCUGAUUGUUGUUGUUGUUGUUUCUUGCUUUUGUAUCCUGUGAAAUAGUUUACUCUCUUGCAUGAGGAUUCUUCUCAAAUAUUUCUGUAUAAACCUUUCUUGCACAAUUCUGAAAAAUUGAAUCUUGGCUUUUGAAAGAUUAUUUUUCAAGUAUUAUUUCACUAUACAAAGUGGUUUUAAGUGCCAGUGAACACUAAAACAUUUUUUUGUAAAGCUGUGGAGAAAACUUUUUUCAAAAAUAAAAGCUGAUUUUGACAUCUUGA